AGAACCCGGACUCCUAGUCUUAGAAAGCAUCGUUAUCAUCGCUCGCAAACUGCAUCUCUGCUAUAAAAACCAUAAGGUCCUCAUCAAGUUGAGGCCGGCAGUCAAGAAACCACUGCGAGCCCCACCACUUCCACUAGCACCACUGUCAUGACGCCAUUGCGGGUCAUCUGCCCACCCACCUCGUUCAAGUGCGACAACGGACUCUGUAUUUCGCUGGGCCUGCGAUGCAAUGGCCGGAUCGAUUGCCCAUAUGACAGCAGCGAUGAGGCGGACUGUAAUCAGAUCAGCAACGAGAUCGAUCGUAAGUGGGCAACCCACUCAACCACCGAGACGCCAAAGAGAGGAGAUAAUCAAUAAUAGUCCGACUUACCCAAUACCCAACAGAAGCUACUAACUGCUAUUAAGGGCUUGGGCUAACACGCAUCUUUUAAUUCACAUCUAUCUUUCUAUACCCCAACCAUCCAUUCAACCAUCCGCCACCCCAAAGAUUUAUCAUUCUUUACUCUGCGUUAACUUGACUUUUCUUUAAUCUUUCGA